AUGGGGUCGUUAUGCAGCAAACAACGCUAUUUCGAUAAACCAGAGAAUGAGGAGAAUGGACAGGCUGCAGAGAUUGAGAGACGAAUUGAGCAAGAAACAAAAGCAGAAAAGCAUAUUCAGAAACUGCUAUUGCUUGGUACUGGAGACUCUGGAAAGUCCACAAUAUUUAAGCAGAUAAAGCUUUUGUUUCAAAGUGGUUUUGGUGAAGCAGAGCUAAAGAGCUAUACCUCAAUUGUACAUGCCAAUGUAUACCAGACAAUAAAAAUAUUGCACGAUGGUUCCAAGGAGUUGGCCCAAAAUGAAGCUGAGUCCUCAAAGUAUAUUAUAUCCAGUGCAAAUAAGGAUGUUGGAGAGAGGUUAUCAGAAAUCGGAGGAAGGUUAAAUUAUCCUCAGCUUACUAAGGAGCUUGCAGAGGAGAUUGGAUCUCUAUGGAACGAUCCUGCAAUUCAGGAAACUUAUUCCAGGGGUAAUGAGCUUCAAGUUCCCGACUGUGCACAUUAUUUCAUGGAAAAUUUGCAGAGAUUGUCUGAUGCAAAUUACUUGCCAACUAAGGAAGACGUUCUCUAUGCAAGAGUUCGAACUACUGGUGUUGUAGAGAUACAAUUCAGCCCCGUUGGAGAAAACAAGAAAAGUGGUGAAGUAUAUAGACUUUUUGAUGUUGGUGGUCAGCGAAAUGAGAGGAGAAAGUGGAUUCAUCUAUUUGAAGGGGUUACUGCUGUGAUAUUUUGUGCCGCCAUUAGUGAGUACGAUCAGACACUCUUUGAAGAUGAGCAUAAGAACCGUAUGAUGGAUACCAAGGAACUAUUCGAGUGGGUCCUCAAGCAGCCGUGUUUUGAGAAAACAUCCUUCAUGUUGUUCCUGAACAAGUUCGAUCUUUUUGAGAAGAAGGUUGCAAAUGUCCCGCUAAAUGUAUGCGAGUGGUUCAAGGAUUAUCAGCCGGUAUCAUCGGGAAAGCAAGAGGUUGAGCAUGCAUACGAGUUUGUGAAGAAGAAGUUCGAGGAACUAUAUUUCCAAAGCACAAGCCCAGAUCGGGUGGAUCGGGUGUUCAAAAUAUAUAGAACAACUGCCUUGGAUCAGAAGCUUGUGAAGAAAACAUUCAAGCUGGUGGACGAGACAUUGCGCCGUAGAAAUCUGUUUGAAGCUGGUUUGCUGUAA